AUGAACGACACAGCGCAAGAGCCACCGGAUGUUGAAGCAGUUAGUUUAGACGAUGUGCAAGAUGCUUUUGAUAUGAAAGAUGAAUUGCAACGUCUAUGUUGUAGAAAUAAUUCAUCACAUCAUGGUAGUUCAGGAGGAGGAACUGGAAGUGGAACGGGGGCAGCUGGAACAGGGGCUGGUACAGGAACAGGAGCUGGUCUGGGGGCUGUUGUUACUGCUGGCACAACCGCAACUGUUGCUGGUAUUGCUGUGGGUGUGGUUACCAUCAUAACUCUUAGUGUUGUGUUACCGGUGCUGCUUACAAAUCGAAAUGGAAAUUAUUCAACCAGUUUCAAUAACACGAUCAGUAAUCUAAAAACUAUAGCAACCGCUUCCUCAACUGAUACUGUGCCGAGCAUAACCAACAUAUCAUCCUUACCCAGUACAUCCCUAACAACAUCCAUUAAAUCGACAGUAACACAAACCACAUCACCAUCCAGUACAUCGCGUUCAACACAGCCACAUGUGAUAGUUACGUCAACAGUAUCACCAAUGACAUCACUUCCUCAUACAACACCGAUACAGACAACAGUUACGUCAUCAGUAACACCAAUCCCGUCUUCUGAAAUUACAUCAUCUUCACGGACAACACAAUCACAAACAGCGAUUCUGACGUCAUCAGUAUCGACGACCAUGUCUUCUGAGUUCAAAUCACCGCCACGUUUAACACGACGGCAAACAAGCAUGCACACGUCAUCAGUACCACCGACCAUGUCUUCUGAGUUCAAAUCACCGCCACGUUCAACACGACGGCAAACAAGCAUACACACGUCAUCAGUACCACCGACCAUGUCUUCUGAGUUCAAAUCACCGCCACGUUCAACACGACGGCAAACAACCAUACACACCUCAUCAAUAACACCAACAAUGUUUUAUGAAAUUACAUCAGCUUUACAAACAACGCUACUCGUGUCAACAGUACCACCAAUGACAUCGCCUGAAAAUACGUCGCCUUCUCAUACAGAACACCCCAGCACUACGGUAGUUACGUCAACAGUACCGCCAUCCACAGUUUCGAAUAUCAUUGCAAGUGAGGUUACCACAAGUGAAUCAGUUCACCAAUCGACCAUGUUGAUAUCAAUGAUGCCAGAAUCUACGUCAUUCCAUAUUACUGAGCAACCAACCACAAUUCAGUUUAUGACGUCACCAACUCGCCAAGUUACAACGACCACAAUGUCAAGUACGCAUGCGUCAACGCUGGCAGCAACAACACCUAGAUGUUCAAUCAUUGACCUGAACAAUACUCAACUUGCUCCGGUUGCAUUCUGGCCGCUGAAUACACUGUAUCAACUUGCAGACAUAUCUGGUAAUGGUAACAAUGGCAUUGCUAUAGGAACAAAUCUGGAUAUCAAUGGUCGUACAUGUGGUGCAUAUCGAUUUUCUGGAAGUGCCAACUCCUACAUUGAGUUUCCAAAUGACGGAGCAUUCGAUACGCAGUAUUCUAUAACAAUGCUGGCAUAUAUAUAUACAGAGGGAGAAUCCGGACUUAUAUUUAACUUCGGAACAAAUUCUUGGGGUGUACACCUGUUUCAAACUGAUGAAAAUGAAUUAUUCACAAGAAUGGUAAAACGCGAUGGUGACUUUACUGAUGCAAUCUUUGACAAUGCAUUGCUUCAGAAUAAAUGGAACUUUGUAGGAGCAAGCUACAAUAACACAUCAGGAAACGUUAAGCUUUGGUAUAAUAACGAAAUGAUUGCAAAUACCAGUAUUGGAACUGUUGACUUAGCAACUAACUACGUUGGUAGGAUGGGGGCUUUCAAUGGAGAUUCUCGUUAUUAUACAGGAAUGAUUACUUGUUUUCAAAUUUAUGAUGAAGAGUUGACAGAUGCAGAGAUUCAAGAAGCACAGUGGUUAUGCUAA